AUGACUUCAACCAUUUUGUCCGGACAGCUACCGUUAGAAGCUUCCGAUGCAACGACAACUACUCCUCCUCCGGAUCCCGAUACCAGAAAAUCAUUCAAGUUAGCAGUCAAGGACAACAUUGCGACCCAAGGCCUUCCGACAACAUGCUCUUCGGCCAUCCUCUCCUCCCACAAAAGCCCCUACGAAGCCACCAUUGUGCGCCAGCUCCGAGAACGAGGCGCCCAUGUUGUCGGCAAGACGAACAUGGAUGAGUUUGGAAUGGGAUCUCACUCCCUAAACUCGCUACAUGGGCCGGUGCUCAACCCUUUAUCAUCGGUCGCUACUUCUGCAGGUGGAAGUUCCGGAGGGAGCGCGGUUGCGGUGCAGACGGGCGAGGCGGACGUUGCGCUAGGAACAGACACGGGCGGCUCGAUUCGUCUCCCUGCGGCAUACUGUGGUGUUGUGGGAUACAAGCCCUCAUACGGCAUGCUCUCUAGAUUCGGCGUCGUACCGUAUGCGAACUCUCUCGAUACUGUUGGCCUGCUUGCGAGGGAGGUGAGCGUCAUCGAGGAUCUGUUGUUCGGCACCGGCCUCGACGGAGAGCACGACGCCCAGGACCCAACAUCCCUUUCCAAGAGCUUCAGAAAGAAGCAACAGAGCCAAGGUGCAGACCGCCGUUCCCGCCUCAGAAUCGGGAUCCCCCUGGAGUACAACAUCGAAGAAUUAGACCCUAAAAUCAAAGCCGCAUGGUCCGACGCUGUAGAGAUAUUCCAACGAUCCGGGAUCGAUGUUGUCCCGGUAUCCCUUCCAUCAACAAAGCACGCCCUCUCGGCAUACUACGUUAUUGCGCCCGCUGAAGCCUCCUCCAACCUUGCCAAAUACGACGGAGUCCGCUACGGAACCCGCGGAGAUGACAGCGACGGCGCGGGCGAGGUACUCUACUCCAAGACGCGCGGCCUCGGCUUCGGCGAUGAGGUCAAGCGCCGCAUCCUUCUUGGCUCCUACAGCCUCAGCUCCGAGGCCAUGGACAACUACUUUAUCCAGGCGCAACGGGUGCGCAAGCUCGUGCAACGUGAUUUCGACCGCGUAUUCCGACUGGAAAAUCCGCUGUACGACGAACAGCAGUUCGACCUGAGCGAUAUGAGGGACGAGGUCGAGUUGCAGGAUAAGUUUGGGCCGUCGCAGGUGGACUUCUUGCUGUGUCCCACGGCGCCGACGUUUGCGCCGAGGAUUGAAGAGAUUAAGCGCCAGACGCCAGUGCAGGUGUACAUGAAUGACGUUUUUACCGUGCCAGCGAGCUUGGCUGGACUGCCGGCCAUCAGCAUCCCGACGAAGAUUAAGUCACAUGAUGCGGAUGCGGAUGAGAGCCGCCAAGUGGCGGGGCUUCAGCUGAUCGGCCAGUACUGGGACGACAGGAGAUUGCUCAGUGUGGCCAAGGAUCUCUUGCGUCAGCUGUCUGCUUCAUGA